AUGUCUUGUCUGUAUCGGACUGUUGUAUGCAUCCUCCUGAUGUGUAUGGUGUGUAAGAGCUGCUCUUCUUCUCUUGGCCACAGAGGGCCCUUCUCCAAUUCACUGCGACUAACCCGCACUAUUCGCGCCCGUGUGCAACAACUGCUGUCUCGAUACAAACAGCAGCUUUUUGGUGACGAGCUCUUUGAAAACAGAGAACUGAUGGUGCGCACAAUACCUGCUGUCACUGUCAAUUAUCAGACCUGGAUACACAUGAAGGACAUUGAGCGUUUGCGUUUGGCCUCUUGCCAUCUCCAAACCUUCUGGACUCAUCUGGAAUAUCAGCGGCAGCAACUUGAGAGAGAGAGGGACGAGAUGAAAGACAGAAGAGAGCAGAAAAGAGGCAAGCGAGGAAGGCCCCAGCCCACCUUAUGUCAAAGUUUUAUGGGUCUACAAAUAGAUCUGCGGGAUCUAAUGAGACAAGUCAACUCUCAGUUGAUCAGUCUAAGUAUUACACAGGACCCUGAGUCUACAUCCACAAAAUCCCCAAUUCUACGUCUCCUGCACUCCACUCCAACUCCGAAUGCCAGCAUCCGUCAUCCCACAGUACGCUCCACUCCAACCAGCAGCAGGAAGCUCCAGACUUCAUUUCACACUGAUACUCCCUGCAGUUCCACACACUUCACCACAGAAUCAACCUCAACAUCCUCCAACAUGAAGCUUCCAUACAGCGGACUGUCAACAAAGCCUGAAAAGACCUCUGUGGGUGUCACAGUGACCCCUAGACCCCCAAAACCCACCCAGACAUCAACAGUCUCUGAUUCCAGAGGAAGCCUGUUGUCUGUGGACAACCAGCAGACAACAGCUCUAUCUUCAGGGUUAUCCCGUUGGGUUCAGCAUCUGAGAGGGUAUGUUAUACUGAGAGAUCUAGAACAGUACUUGAGCAGAUUGGCACGAGAUUACACAGUGCUCCAAGCUAAAUACUGACAAACACACAUAAGUUGUUUAACAAUUAAUGAAACAACAACAAAAAAUCAAAAGACCUUGGAGGAAAAUGAAAAACAAGUAUUACACUGAAACAUUAAUUUAUAAAACAAAACAAAGAAAAUAUCCAAGUAUAUAACAAACAUGAUUAGUGUAUGUGUGUGUAUAAACAUGAAGUAUAUAUUCAACAUAAUUGAAUACACGAACAUUCAUAUCCAUAAACAACUUCACAGUGUCACAGUUGUUUACCUUGUUUCUUAACUGUUUUAUUUAUUAGAAUGAUAUUUUAUUACCUUUUUGUUUACUUAAUCAAGGCCAGUGACAAUACAAAUACAUACCUUGAGAAGAGUUAGAAUAUUUUACCUGUAGAUGUGUGAGAUUGUAUUUUGUAUUUUAUAUUUUAUAGGUAUAUUGAUGGAUUGCAUAUGUCUCA